AUGCAAAAGUUUAAGAAAAGUUUCAAGUUGUAUGUUGGGAGGAAGUUGAGUGGAUCUGCCCUUUCUCUUGGUGGUGCUGUUUUCUUAUCGAAGGCUAAGGCAAGUGGCCAUUGCUGGGUUCGAGUUUUGGCACUGAGCUUAGAGAAGAAAUUGGGCACAAAAAAUUUCGGCAUCCGAUUUAGGAGAAGCCCCUCUCAGUGGCUUAAGAUCAAUACCAGUUUCUCCUGCCAAGUCAUAGAGUUGUUUGUUUUAGAGACUUGGUUUCUUCAGUAUCAUAAAUGA